AGGCUAAGCUAUCCAAGAGAUCAGGACCCCUCGCUAAGGACAUUUCUCAGAGGCCUGGCACUGUGGCACUACCCAGGAUGGACAGCGUCCCAGGAGAUUACAGCAAACGCGUCUACCAGGGUGUGCGAGUGAAGCACACAGUCAAGGAUCUCCUAGCAGAAAAGCGCUCCAGACAGACAAGUAACUCCAGACUCAAUGGCAGCGUCAGCUCCUCCCAACCUCCGUUCGUCCAGAUGCCAGGAUCACCAGUGAUGUCAGGUUACUACGGGGUCAGGAGGUCUUUCCUGUCUGACUCCGACUUCCAUAGCGGCAAACAGUUCUCAAAUGACCUCUACACGUCCAGCGUGACCAAGCCCUUUGCCUGUGAGUCCUCAGCUGGACAGAGUCACACAGGCCUGCUGGAGUCCUACCUGGCAGAGCCCUACGGAGACUACCGCCCACCGGCGCUGACGCCCACGCCGGGUUCCCUGUUCAGCACUUCGGCUCUGCCACCACUCUUGCCACCUCCGUUCCCCAGCGACCCAACUCAUUUCGUCUUCAGAGACUCCUGGGAACAGACGGUACCAGACGGUCCCAGCCAGCCGGACCCUAUGCCUGCCGAUGCCCUGCAGACCUUGCCACCCAGCACCAGUUGUCUCUCCCAACUGGAGUCAGGAAGCAGCACCCAGCACAGGAACAUGGGGUGGGGGGCGUCCCUUGCUGGGGCUCAGCCCUACUCGCUGCAUGCCCUGGAAGACCUGCACCACACACCGGGGUACCCCUUCACUUCUUUCAUGACAGUGUCAAAUGAUCUCCCACCCAAGGCGGGGCCCCUCUCCCCAGAGGAAGGGUCAGAUGUCUCUUCCCUUCAUGAUCCUUCACCUUGGACGAAAGAAGAUGGCAGUAUGGCCUGGGGCUCUUAUGAAUGCCGGAGAGCUUACUGAGGAGCGGGCCAGAGGACUUCUGCAUCCUUAUAGAAGCUGGACCCUGUGUCCACGGAUUCUUCUAGGCGUGCUAGUUCAUUCCGAACUGGGUUUUUAGUUUACAGCGCGAUUCUGUCAGUGUCCUGACAUCUCUGCUCUUAUCCAAUGUAAAAAAAAAAACCCUACAAAACACUACAAUGUCAAUCAAAUAUUUUGUGGGUCGCAUCCUAAUGAAACUCCCUCUACAAGGAGGCCACUUUAGAACUUUGGUUACCCAUUUCAUUCUAAAAUUUCUGUUACCUUUAAAGCAUUGUUUUUUUGGCACUGGUUAUUUUUCUUAUAUUGCAUUAAAAAAAACUUUAUGUAGAUC